GGAUUCUUUUGGUGUUCUUCAUUCAAAUCUCCGCAACGGCAUCUUUCAUUCCGCUGUUCCUCGUUCUUAGAUAUAGUAUGCGGCCCUUUUGCUGGCUGCCGACCACCUGUUCUAGACGCUAAAUAACGCCCUGUUGCUGGCCGAACUUCUCCACAUAACCCAGUCAGUCUCCCUUUACGCGACAAACCAAACCCCCCCUCCCUGGAACCCAGGCGUCAAAUGCUUCUUGCAUGCUGCUUGCACGAGCGACUAGUCCAGGCACAAACUCCGAUCCCGUAGGCUGGGCCUGAGAAUAAAAAAAACUGUAAAACUUUACUUUCCAACUUCCAGCGAGCGCGCGCGUGUGUGUGGCCUGCGAAAUAGGGAAAUAGGGCGCGGUGGAGAUUUCGUGCUAGGAUAAUGGGCGCCUUGCUAGAUGCGCGGGCAACCGACUUUCCCAAACGGGAUCAAUUUGGCCAUAGGAUCAUUAACCCAUACAUCUACGACCCGUCGUGCGCGCUUGCUAUUGUCGGCACCACCAUCAUUGUUCUGCUGUCCAUCUACUCAGUAACCCAGUACCUGCGGCAUCGGUCAUGGUUCUUCUGGGCCGCCAUCAUCGGCGUCCUGAUGCUGGACCUCGGCUUCAUCUGCCGCACCGUGUCGUCGUACGAUGAGGGCAAAGAGUCUCCCUUCCUUGUCUCAUGGCUCAUGAUCCUACUCGCACCCAGCUUCCUCGCUGCAGCGUGCUACAUGUCGUUUGGCCGCGUCAUCUGGUUCAGCUGCCCGACCGAGGCGCUCAACUUCAAGACGCUGUGGUGCUGGCCUGAAUGGAUCACCCCGACCUUUGUCGCCUUCGACAUGUUUUCUUUCCUCGUCCAGCUCAUUGGCGCAUCCCAGAUUAGCAGGCACUACGAUAAAGCCCCCAACGGCGACCGUACUAUUAGCAUAUCCGAGCAAGCCGCGCUGCCCGGUCGUGUCAUCCUAAUCCUCGGCCUCGUGCUCCAGAUGCUGUGCUUUGCCAUUUUCUCAGUCGUCUCCAUCCGCUACUUCUACAUGUCAAGGAAGUGGGCGGCCUACGACCUCGGCGACAUGCAUCUCUGGCGCAAACUCUCCUACACCAUCAAUCUCUCCUCCAUCCUCAUUGCCCUCCGCGCCGUAUACCGCACCAUGGAGAUACCACACGACCGCGACUACGGCAUGCGCUACCUGCAGAGCCACGAGUGGUGUUUCUGGACCUUUGAUGCUGCACCCAUAGUCUGCGUGUUGCUCAUCUUUGCCAUAUGGCACCCCGGCCGAUAUCUCCCCCGGUCCUAUACGGGGCUCAGGCUUGACAAGGUCAGAGCUGUCAAGGAGAAAGAUGAGAUUUCAAUGUAUAGUGCGAGUACCUGUGGACAGGACACGGAACUUAAGGAGUACAAGCCCGAAGACUUUCGCCAUGUUAGUGUUGCGGCAAAACCUUAGAGUGGAGUUUGAAAUUUAAAGUUACAUGAUGGAUAUGCAAACGGGCGUUCAAAUUAUAUGAUACCAAACGCGUUAUGCGAAAGCGGGUUUUUUUAAUUUCUUUUUUAAUUUUUUUGAGAGUUCAUUUGCGAUGAUACCAUAGUUGAAUGUUGAUUCA